UGUCCUGUUGCAUCUUUUGCACAUGUAUGCACACAGAUCUUUCCGAUGUGGAACCCAACGUGUUUCUUAGACCUUUUCUGGAGGUGGUCCGCUCAGAGGACACAACUGGACCAAUCACAGGCCUCGCUCUCACAUCGGUCAACAAGUUUUUGUCAUAUGGCCUGAUAGAUGCCAAUCAGGAAGGGGCAGCGGAGGGCAUCGAGAACAUGGCCGAUGCAGUCACACAUGCAAGAUUUGUGGGCACCGACCCUGCCAGUGAUGAGGUGGUGCUGAUGAAAAUCCUCCAGGUUUUAAGGACUUUGCUGCUGACUCCCGUUGGAGCCCAUCUGACCAAUGAAUCUGUUUGUGAGAUCAUGCAGUCCUGUUUCCGUAUAUGCUUUGAAAUGAGAUUAAGUGAGCUGCUGAGAAAGUCAGCUGAGCACACGCUGGUGGACAUGGUGCAGCUGCUCUUCUCCAGAUUGCCACAGUUCAAAGAGGAGGCCAAGAGUUAUGUGGGCACUAACAUGAAGAAGGCUUACAAUAUCUUAUGGAAAAACAAACGAGUGCAGCUAAAGAUGAGAGCCGGGGGAAUGAGCGAGUCAUCCAAGUGGAAGAAACAGAAGCGUUCUCCCCGCCCCCCUCGUCACAUGGUACGCAGUCCCUCAGGACAGAUGGAUCCAGGCCAGUCCAGUACCCUCACCAACAACCUUUCAGGUGGAGUUCCUUUCAUAGAGCAGCACAGUGGAGGUUCUUCUACUCUUCCUGGUUCAGACAGUGCAGCGUCCUCCAUCUCCAGCCCCACCACUGACAGUGGCUUAGACACCGGCUCUAAAACCACAUCAAAGGAAGAUCUCACAGACCUGGAGCAGAGCAACUCAACGGCCACCACUCCCAUGACACCCUCCGUAGAGCCAGGCAGACUGGAAUCACAGUCUGAGGGCAGGGAAGUGGAGCGUGCCCAGUCGGCCUCAGUCGAGUCCAUUCCUGAAGUCCUGGAAGACCGAGACUUGCUGGCUGACCAGUCGGAUUCGGCAUCAGUUCACGACAUAGACUACGUGAACCCGAGAGGUGUGCGCUUUACACAGUCCACCCAGAAAGAGGGUGCUGCUCUAAUCCCGUACAGUCUCCCGUGCCUGAGAGAGCUCUUCCGGUUCCUCAUCUCUCUCACCAACCCACAUGACCGCCAUAACUCCGAUGUGAUGAUGCAUAUGGGCCUCCAGCUGUUAAACGUGGCCCUAGAAGCCGCACACAUCGCCCCCUACCAGUCAUUGCUCUGUCUUGUCAAAGAUGAGCUCUGUAGGCACCUCACACAGUUGUUGUGUGUGGACCGAAUGAAUCUGUAUGCCGCCUCCAUACGUGUGUGUUUUCUUCUCUUUGAAUGCAUGCGAGAACAUCUGAAGUUUCAGCUUGAGAUGUACCUGAAGAAGCUAAUGGACAUCAUUACCUCAGAGAACCCUAAAAUGCCCUAUGAGAUGAAGGAGAUGGCUUUAGAGGCCAUCGUGCAGCUCUGGAGAAUCCCCAGCUUUGUCACAGAGCUCUAUAUAAAUUACGACAGUGACUUUUACUGCUCCAACCUGUUUGAGGACCUCACCAAACUGCUCUCUAAGAAUGCCUUUCCAGUGUCUGGGCAGCUCUACACAACCCAUCUCCUGUCACUCGAAGCCCUACUGACAGUGAUUGACAGCACAGAGGCUCAUUGUCAGGCCAAAGUGCUCAACAGCGCUGCACAGCAGGACCAGUCAGAAUCAACGACAGUAGGAGGAGAACGUUCGGUCAAUACAAUCACAGAUUCAACAACAGAGGCUGGCAAAUCUGCACCCAGUUCUAAUGGGCAGAAUGCUGUAGUGUCAGACACGAGGACUGCCUGUCCUCCCACCAGUGGUCAUCUGAUGGCAGAGAAGAUGAGAUUAGGUAGACAGGACCAGGAGGAGACAGACACGGAGAAGAAAAGCUUGAAGAAGCCUCAUCGCUUCACCAGCAGUCUUCCAGACUCUCAGGAACUUUUAGAGAUCAAGAACAAGAAGAAGCUUCUGAUCACGGGUACAGAGCAGUUCAAUCAGAAACCCAAGAAGGGCAUUCAGAUCCUGCAGGAGAAAGGCCUGCUCAGCAGCCCCAUGGACAAUAAUGAAGUGGCCCAGUGGCUGAGAGAAAACCCCCGCCUGGACAAGAAGAUGAUUGGAGAGUUUAUCAGUGACCGCAGGAACACUGACUUGCUCGACAGUUUUGUCAACACCUUCACCUUCCAGGGCCUGCGCAUAGACGAGGCGCUCCGCUUGUAUCUGGAGGCAUUCCGUCUUCCUGGCGAAGCGCCUGUCAUUCAUCGGCUCUUGGAAACCUUCACUGACAACUGGCAAAAAGUGAACGGUAAUCCCUUCCAGUCAAACGAUGCUGGCUUCGCCCUGGCUUAUGCAGUCAUCAUGCUAAACACCGAUCAGCACAACCAUAACGUACGAAAGCAGAACAUCCCCAUGACGUUGGAGCAAUUCAAGAAGAAUCUCAAAGGUGUGAAUGGAGGAAAUGACUUCGAUCAAGACAUGCUGGAAGACAUCUACAAUGCCAUCAAGAACGAGGAGAUCGUGAUGCCUGAUGAGCAAACAGGGCUGGUGAAGGAGAACUAUGUGUGGAGUGUUCUGCUGCACAGAGGAGCCUCGUCUGAAGGGAUAUUCCUACAUGUGCCUGAAAGCAGUUACGACCGCGACCUCUUCACCAUGACCUGGGGACCCACCAUUGCUGCCCUCUCCUACGUUUUUGACAAGAGCCUGGAUGACACUAUCAUUCAGAAAGCCAUCGCUGGGUUCAGGCACUGUGACCCAGAAAAGCUGAUUACCGAAAGCAAGUUUCUGCAAUUGGAGUCUUUACAGGAACUCAUGAAGGCUCUCAUCUCGGUGACCCCUGAUGAGGAAACAUACGAUGAAGAAGAUGCUGCUUUUUGUCUGGAGAUGCUGCUACGUAUUAUUCUUGAAAACAGGGACAGAGUAUCAUGUGUUUGGCAAACGGUACGGGAUCAUCUGUACCAGUUAUGCGUCCAUGCCAGUGAGAGCUGCUUCCUGGUGGAGAGAGCAGUGGUGGGAUUGCUCAGACUCGCCAUCCGCUUAUUGCGCAGAGAGGACAUAGGCUCACAGGUUCUCCUCUCUCUUCGCUUGCUGUUGAUGAUGAAGCCUCACGUCCUGUCCAGAGUCUGUCGAGAGGUGGCCUAUGGUUUGCAUGAGCUGCUUAAAACCAAUGCUGCCAACAUCCACUGCACUGACGACUGGUACACGCUCUUUUCACUUUUGGAGUGCAUCGGGGCUGGGAUCAAACCUCCGGCUGCCCUGCAGGUUGCCAACACCAACCCAGACAAUGACACAGGUGCUCAGUCAGAUAGCGAACUGAGUUCAUAUCAUCAGAGUGAAGUUAGUCUUGACCGGGGAUAUACGUCUGACUCUGAGGUUUACACCGAGCAUGUCAAAUCCAGAAUACCUCGUUCAGCUACCGAUGUGGAUGUAGGCUGGCUAGUGGUGGGUAAAGAUGAUCUGGAGGGAUCUAAGGCAGCAGUGACUCCAGGUUCAAAGCCCCUGACCUAUCCUCUCAUUAACCAGUACAGUUUAACUCUUGGGCAGGACAUGGGUCUGCAUGACACCAAAUCCCUCAUCAAGUGCGUGGAUUCGCUUUCAUUCAUCGUACGCGAUGCUGCCCACGUCACUCCAGAAAACUUUGAACUUUGUGUUAAAGCCAUACGAGUGUUUGUGGAGACUAGCCUUAAUGGAGGGUACCGCACCCACGAGAAGAAAAAGAGCCACAAAUAUGACUCCAAAUCCAGCCGGCUCCGAAAGAAGCCACGCGAGAAGGAAGGCACAUCGCGGAGAACCAAAGCGUCCAGUCAGCGGCCCGCCCGUUCCCAUAGCGACGAUGAGGAAGACGAGGGCGUGCCGGCCAGUUACCACACGGUGUCUUUUCAGGUUAGUCUGGACUUGUUAGACCUGAUGCAUACACUGCACACACGAGCAGCCGGCAUCUACAGCUCGUGGGCAGAGGAACAGCGCCAUCUAGAGGAUGCUGGCAGAAAGAUCGAGGCAGACUCUCGAACACUAUGGUCCAGCUGCUGGUGUCCUCUCCUUCAAGGUAUGGCUUGGUUGUGCUGUGAUGCACGGAGGCAAGUCCGCAUGCAAGCUCUCACCUACCUACAAAGGGCACUUCUUGUACAUGAUCUACAAACUUUGGAUGCAGUGGAGUGGGAGUCCUGCUUCAACAAGGUCAUGUUUCCUCUGCUGACAAAACUCCUAGAUAACGUCAGUCCAGCUGAUGUGGGAGGCAUGGAGGAGACCAGGAUGAGGGCCUGCACACUGCUUUCUAAGGUGUUCCUGCAGCAUCUCUCUCCUCUGCUCUCUCUUCCCACAUUUGCUGCCCUCUGGCUCACCAUAUUAGACUUCAUGGACAAGUACAUGCACGCCGGCUCCAGCGACCUUCUGCUGGAGGCCAUCCCUGAGUCUCUGAAGAACAUGCUGCUGGUGAUGGACACAGCAGGGAUCUUUCACAGCGCAGACUCCCGUACAGGCUACUCAGAUUUGUGGGAAAUCACCUGGGAGAGAAUCGACUGUUUCCUGCCCCGUCUGAAGGAGGAGCUCUUCAAACAAGCUGUCAUUCCAGAACCUGUGUGUAAUGUUCCUGUGGAGCCUGUCCCAGCGCCUGCUGCCAUUACCCCAGCCUCUCCCCCUGUGCCAGCCCCCUCACCAGUGCCAGCUACCCCCGCAGAGCCAAACAUCCCCAGCAGACCCGCGUCACCUCAGGAUACGCCCACACCUAGUGCCAACGGUGAUCGAUCAGACAGAUCAUCUCCAGUUCCUCCCUCAACACCUCCGAUGCCCACUCCACUGUAUGUCAGCUCUCCCUGUCAAGAAUUUCUCAUGGACAAUACAUAA